CAUGCGCUGAUGACGUCACAUCUCCUGCUCUCAGUGCUGGCGCCAUCACACAUUCAGAUAUAAUAGCCUCCAUGGAUGGACAACUUCAAACACAGUGUUACAAGUCAAUGUCAACAGAAGGAGUAACAUCACCAAAGAUGGAGCAGUACGCCCCAGUCUACUUUCCUUCUCUGUAUGACAAGAGUGUCUCCACAUCUCCUGAUAAACAUUUUAACAUCUGGAAGAGUCUUGGGAUAACUUUGAAAGACCAGCCUGAGCCUGAACUUAAGAAUCAAGCAGAGGAGAUCUCCCAUUGGCCAUCAGUUCUGGCUGAUAUGUCAAAUGAACCACUGUAUUUUUACUCUACACCUCUCUGGGGAAACUUUAAACCCCAACCAAGCCCCUAUGAUGAGUUGUGUGAGCUGGAGAUCCAAAUCAAGGAGAUGGAGCUGUUAAUGAUCUUAGGGAAUGAUCUUGAUGCCCAAAAAUACAACCAACCUCGUCAGCUGCCAAUUAGCUGAAACUGCCAGAUUGGAGGCCCUAAAGCUGUAUUUGGAAGAUAGGGUGAUGAUUGUUUGAUGACUGAAAAAGAGAAGAUGUUGCGGCAUAUGAAAGCUACAAAGGACUGCAAAAAAACUAAACGUUCUACAUAAAACCUGGCAUAUAAUAAAACACUUUUUUUUUUUUUUUUACUUUCUUAUUGGAACCUUGAAGUACACCUACUUGGCUUCUUGCAGUUGAUUGUACAUUAAAUAUUUUGUAGCAUCAGA